AUGGCUGUGGAGAAGCGGGCGAGCGAGGCUCGGGAAGCGAAGGAGGCAAAGGAAGGCCGCGAAUCGCGCGAGAGCGGGGAGUCUUCGCCCGAUGUAUUCUUGCUCACACUCAAUCAUGGCGAGCACCAGGACGCCACGAUUUACCGGUUUGAAAAAGGAUGCUAUCUACACUUCUGCCCUGGGCCGAGCCUUCUCGGGCGGAAGGUGUUCUUGUACACGAAUUACGUGAUAACGGACAGUCAAGACGAGAAAUGCGAUCAGGCGGAGUUCGUCCGCAACCAGUACUACGGGCUGGAGUGGAGGCGCGACGGGCAGGGGGAGGUGGGGGGCGAGGGCGAGGGCGAGGGCGGGGGCGGGGGCGGGGAGGAGGGCGAGCCACUCGGCACCGGGCUGCUCGUCACCGACACGGACGUGUGCUGCUCGCUGCGGCUCGCGCGCGCCGGCUGCUACCACUUCUACUUCGUCUACGACAGCGCAGAGUCGCGCCUCGGGCCGCAGGGCUCGGGCUGGUUCCACGUGGAGCCGACGCUGCGCGCGGGCGGGCAAGUGCUGGCGGCGGACGCCGUCAUGUGCCAGACCGUGCUGGCCAAGUGCCUCGGGCCGCUGCCGCGCUGGGAGCGCGCGCUGCGCCCCGCCAAGGAGGCCGGCUACAACCUGCUGCACUUCACGCCCGUGCAGGAACUGGGCGCGUCCAACUCCAGCUACAGCAUCGCCAACCAGCUGCGCCUCGACCCUCGCUACAGCGGCGACGGCGCCCGCGAGGCCACCUUCGCCGACGUUGAGAACCUCGUCGCCAAAAUGCGAACCGAAUGGGGGAUGAUGUCGAUCUGCGACGUGGUGCUGAACCACACGGCGAACGAGACGCCGUGGCUGGCGCAGCACCCCGAGGCCACGUACAACUGCCUCAACUGCCCGCACCUCAGGCCCGCCGCGCUGCUCGACGCCGUGCUGGCGCGCCUCGGCGCCGACCUGGCGCCCGGCCGCCUCUCGCAGCCGGACCACGUCGAGGGGGUCAUCCACGUGCUGGAGACGCAGCGGCUGCCGGAGGCGCGGCUGCACGAGCUGUUCACGUGCAACGUGGAGGAGCUGGUGCAGCAGUUCUACCGGCUGGCGCGCAACAGGGUGCCGGCCGUGGCGCCGGCCGAGGCGCAGCUGCAGCUGCAGCCCGACCCGCAGUUCCGGCGCCUGCAGGCCACCGUCGACCUGGACCUGGCGCUGCGCCUCUACAACGUCUACCGGGCGGAGUGCGGCGACGAAGAGGCGCGGCUGAAGCGCAGCUGCGAGGAGUUCGCGCGGCGGCUGAGGCAGCUCAACGCGGCCGCGGAGGAGGAGCUGCGCGGCCACCUGCGCGCCGCCCUCGACAACUGCCUGGCCGCCAUGCGGUACUAUCGACUGCAGCCGGAUGGUCCGAAGAUCGAGGAAGUCAGCGAGAAACAUCCCCUGGUGCCUAGGUACUUCACGUUUCCGGGCGCGGUGGGCUCGCUGGCCGAGGUGGAGGCGCUCGUGUACUCGGAGGCGGGGCGCUUCGUGAUGGCGCACAACGGCUGGAUCAUGGACGCCGACCCGCUGCAGGACUUCGCGGCGGCCUCGGCCCACGGCCGCGUCUACCUGCGCAGGGAGCUCAUCGCCUGGGGCGACAGCGUCAAGCUCAGGUACGGCGACAGGCCCGAGGACAGCCCCUUCCUGUGGGCGCACAUGCGCGAGUACGUCGAGCUCACGGCCGAGGUGUUCGACGGCCUGCGCCUCGACAACUGCCACUCCACACCGCUGCACGUGGCCGAGUACAUGCUGGACUGCGCGCGCAACGUCAAGCCCGACCUGUACGUGGUGGCGGAGCUGUUCACCAACUCCGACCACGUGGACAACAUCUUCGUGAACCGGCUCGGCAUCACGUCGCUCGUGCGCGAGGCGCUGAGCGCGUGGGACGCGCGCGAGCAGGGCCGGCUGCUGCACCGGUUCGGCGGCCGCGCCGUGGGCUCGUUCCUGCGCGCGCGCACCGGCCGCGCCGCGCCGCGCCUCGCGCACGCGCUGCUGCUCGACCUCACGCACGACAACCCCUCGCCGAUGCAGAAGCGAAGCGUGUUCGACAUGCUGCCGUCGGCGGCUCUGGUGGCGAUGGCGUGCUGCGCCACCGGCAGCACCAGGGGCUACGACGAGCUGGUGCCGCACCACGUGCACGUGGUGGACGAGACGCGGCUCUACUGCGAGUGGGCGGAGGGGGCGGCUGAGGGGGCGGCGGAGGGGGCGGCGGAGGGGGCGGCGGGGGCGGAGGGCGAGGGGCGGGUGGGCGCGCGCAGCGGGCUCAUGGCGGCGCGCCGCGCCCUCAACGAGCUGCACCGCCAGCUCGCCGCCGACGGCUACGACGAGAUAUACGUGGAUCAAAUGGACGCUGAUGUUAUUGCGGUGACCAGACAUGAUCCACGUUCUAGAAAGUCGGUUAUUUUAGUGGCGUUCACGGCUUUCAAUGCGCCCGAUCCUUCAUUUGGCGGUCGCUACGUCAAGCCGUUGCGUUUCGAGGGGCAGCUGGAAGAGAUCAUCCUGGAGGCCCAAAUUCGGCACGCCGACUACAGGAGCAGCGGCCAGCCCUACCGGCAGCCCGGCUCGUUCGCGAAGCACGCGCAGUACAUCAACGGGCUGAGCGAGUACGAGGUGAGCGUGGCGCGGCGCGUGGCGCUGGCGCAGUCGGGCGCGUUCGCGGCCGAGCGGCGCGAGGGCGCGCACACCGUGCUGGAGUGGGGCGGGCUGGCGCCGGGCGGCGUGGUGGCGCUGCGCGUGGCGCCGCGCGCGCCGCAGCGGGCCGCGCUCGUGGCGCUGCGCGCGCCGCCCGACCUGGCGCCGCCGCUGCGCCCGCUCGACCUGGCCGACUUCCGCGCGCUGCUCUACUGCUGCGACGCCGAGGAGCGCGAGCGCGCCGGCGGCGGCGUCUACGACGUGCCGGGCCACGGCCCGCUCGUCUACGCGGGCCUGCAGGGCGCGCUCUCGCUGCUCGACGAGGUGAGCGCGCGCGGCGAGCUGGGCCACGCGCUGUGCGACAACCUGCGCGCGGGCGACUGGCUCGUGGAGUACCAGUGGCGGCGCCUCGAGGCGGAGCCGCGCCUGGCCGCCGUGGCGGCGCGCUUCCGCGACGCGCUGCGGCCGCUGUGCGAGCUGCCGCGCUUCCUGGUGCCCGCCUACUUCGAGCGGGCGCUGCGCGCGCUGCACGCGGCGGUGGUGCGCGCCGCGCUCUCGCGCAUGGCGGGCUGGGCGCGCGGCGCCGCGACCGCUCGCCAGCUGGCGCUGGCCGGCGUGCAGCUGACGGGCUGCGUGCGCUCGGCGCCGCUGCCGGGCGGGGCGCGCGCCUCGCUCUCGGCCGGCCUGCCGCACUUCGCCGUCGGCUACAUGCGCUGCUGGGGCCGCGACACCUUCAUCGCGCUGCGCGGCCUCUUCCUGCUCACGGGCCGCUUCCAGGAUGCCCGUGCCCACAUACUCGCAUACGGGUCAUGCCUGAGGCAUGGUCUCAUACCCAACUUGCUGGAUGGCGGACGCAACGCGCGCUACAAUUGCCGCGACGCCGUUUGGUGGUGGCUGCAGAGUAUAAAACAGUACUGCAGCGAGGCGCCGCAGGGUGCUUCCUUACUGAGCGAGCCGGUGGCGCGCCUCUUCCCGCGCGACGACUGCGACCCCGCGCCGCCCGGCACCGCCGACCAGCCGCUGCACGACGUCAUGCAGGAGGCGCUCGACGUGCACUUCCAGGGCCUCGUGUUCCGCGAGCGCAACGCCGGCCGCGCCAUCGACGCUCACAUGUCGGACAAGGGAUUCAACGUCCAGAUCGGAAUCGACCCCGAGACGGGCUUUCCCUUCGGCGGGAACGACGCGAAUUGCGGCACGUGGAUGGACAAGAUGGGCUCUUCGGAGGCGGCGGGCAACCGCGGCCGGCCCGCCACGCCGCGCGACGGCAGCGCCGUGGAGCUGGUGGCGCUCGCGCACAGCGUGGCCACGUGGCUGGCCGCGCAGCACCGCGCCGGCCGCUUCCCCUACCCGGGCGUGGCGCGGCGCCACCGCGACGGCGCGCUCACCGCCUGGACCUACGCGCAGUGGGCCGAGCGCAUCCGCCUCAACUUCGAGCGCUUCUUCUGGGUGCCGCCCGCGCCCGGCGCCGCCGACCUGCGCCCCGACCUGGUGCAUCGGCGCGCCAUCUACAAGGACACGCACGGCGCCUCGCGCCCCUGGGCCGACUACCAGCUGCGCUGCAACUUCCCCGUCGCCAUGGCCAUCGCGCCCGAACUCUUCGACCCGAAGCACGCCUGGCUCGCGCUCGACAACGUCGAACGGCUCCUGCUCGGCCCGCUGGGGAUGAAGACGCUCGACCCGGCCGAUUGGGCGUACCGCGGCGACUACGACAACUCGAACAACGGCGACGACCCCAACGUCGCCCACGGGUUCAACUACCAUCAGGGCCCCGAGUGGGUGUGGCCGAUCGGCUUCUACCUGCGGGCGCGUCUGGCCUUCGCCCAGGAGAACGGCAAGUACGCCAAGACGAUCGCGGCGUCGUACGCCGCGCUGGCGCCGCACGUGAGGGAGCUGCGCUCGUCGCCGUGGCGCGGCCUGCCCGAGCUGACCAACGCGGGCGGCGCCUUCUGCCGCGACUCGUGCAGCACGCAGGCCUGGAGCGCCGGCUGCCCGUACGAGCCGGCGCCGGGCCGCCGCGCGCCCGCCGUGCGCCGCCUGCUGGCGCGCCGCGACCGCUCGCGCCGCCCGCGCGCCGCGCUCAACCCGCUGCAGGACCGCGGCGGCGCCCUGGCCACCGUCGUCUACAGCGACCGCUACUUCCGCUACGGCCUGCCGCUGCUCGCGCGCCCCGAGGCGCCGCACCCCCGCCCGCCCCGCCCGCCCUCACCACUACUUGCUGCUGACGAACGAACCGCCCCGCGCAUGGCGGCGGGCGCCGGUCUGCUUCACGACGCCGGCGCGCGCGUCGUCGCGCCGAGUCCGCGGUACGCGCCGAUGCGUCGCUGCCGACGCGACGUACCGCGCGUCAUCGAAAUCUCGACGGCGCCGAAGUUCGGCGAGCCGCCGUCGAGCGAGUACCGAGGCCGGCAG